AAGCUUUUCCCCCAUCUCGGGGAGUCUGUCUUGCCCCUAAAAGGAUGCGCUGACCCCCGUGAGUCGGAUUUUGGGGGAGCAGAGCUGCAUGAGACCAGGAGCUCAUCACACAGCAAUGUUGCCGAGGAAAGCAGAGAAGAGAAUUGCUUCAUCCAUCUUCAUCACCCUCGCGCCACCACGGAGGGACUUGGCCACCAAGGAGAAAACCCAACGGGAGCCGCAGCCAGAUGGUGCCAAGGUCCCCGGCACCUAUCACCCCCAGAUCUUGCUGUCAGCCCCCACGUUGCCCAACGGAGGUGAGGGGCAUUACCGGUGCUGUUUGUCCCCUCUUGCUUCGAUGGCGUUUGCUUUUGGGGCUGGAACUCACCCGGUGGCCCCUGUACCUUCAUCUCCACCAGUCCUCCCCUGCUCUGAAGUGCCCCAGCCCUUGUCUGAGGAGGUGCUGGGUCUGGCACUGCAACAACUGGACCUUGCAGCACCUGCCACCCUCCAGGCCCCUUCCACCUUCCCUGCUGAAUUGAAGCCACCCACAUCUUGUCAGGAGCAAGCAGGCAAGCAGCAGCGGCAGGAUGUGAAUGGGUACCCGGAGAGGGACAGCUCCAGAGACAUCUGUGCCUUCUGCCACAAAGCACUGGGGCCCCAGGAGCUGACGGUGGAGGCGAUGCGGAAGCAGUACCACCCUGACUGCUUCACCUGCCGCACGUGCCACCGACUCCUGGCUGGGCAGCGCUACUUCCAGAGAGAUGGGUGCCCCACGUGUGACACCUGCUUCCAGGCCACGCUGGAGAAAUGUGCCAAGUGCCAGGAGCUGAUCACGGAGCACAUUGUCCGUGCCCUGGGCAAGGGCUACCACCCCAGCUGCUUCUCCUGCGCUGCCUGUGGCCGGGCCAUCGGCACCGAGAGCUUCGCCGUGGAUGAGCAGGGUGACGUGUACUGCGUGCCUGACUUCUACAGGUUGGCAAUGGGGCAGUGUCUCCCACACUGGGAGUUGGAUUUGGCUCGUUCCCAUCACCCCGCCGGGCUCACACUGCUCCCAUUUGCUCCCAUCAGGAAAUAUGCCCCGAUGUGCAGCGCCUGCGAGUGCCCCAUUGUCCCCCAUGAGGACGAGGACACCUACAAGAUUGAGUGCCUGGGACGCAGCUUCCACGAGAACUGCUACCGCUGUGAGAGCUGCAGGAUGCCCCUGUCACCGGAGCUGACAGAGAAUGGGUGCUACCCCUUGGAUGACCACCUCCUCUGCAAGUCCUGCCACAUCCGCUGGCGCAACGAGUCAUCCUGCUGAGACCCUGCAGCUCAUCAACCUCUUCCAGUGCCAGGAACCAAAAACGGGGUGCCCCCAGUGGGAUGCGCCCCAUGGCUGACCCUGCAUGCCUGGAGCACUCCCUAAUUACUGCAGAACAGGGUUUUCAUCACCAAAAUGUCCCCAGGACCCUGAUCCAGUGGACUGGGGGGGUGGAGAAUUGUGCAUAUAUUGUGGGUAUUUCCCAGCACAGAUCUAUGCUCAUGAUGCCCUGACAGAGCAGCAAUGAGGAGUGAGGGUUUUAUUCCUUAUUUCUUUUUUUUAACUCCUUUUUCAAGGCCAGUUUGGUUUUCUUGGGUGGUGUUGCUUUCUUAGUGAGCUUCCUUGGGGUUUCACUGAAAUGUUUCCCUCUGUGGAGAGCGGGCACGGAUUUAGUUACUCACAGUUAAAUAAAACCCCUAGUUUAAAAACUCUCAUUCCUUUCAUCCACCCUGCAUUCCAAACCUACCAAAUCCAAGUUUAAAAAUAAGGAAAAAAGCUGGUUUUGGACUUUCUAGGCGUGACAAGAGUCGGGCCACUCAGGUCCAUAACAGUUGAUUUUAGGGUGUAGCAAUGUGGUAGAUGCUGCUGUCACCCGGGGGAGAGACGGGUGGGGUUUUUUUGGGGUGGAUA